AAUCUUUUUAAGUCUGGCUUGAUGGAAGACGGCUGGAUUCUCCUCUCUGGUUUUGCAUUCAGUCUGCUGAAUAUGUUGCUUUGGUUGAAGUAUCUGGAAAAGAUCUCAUCUCAUAUCAAAUAUGUAGUUGGAAAAGGGAAGAGCAUUUUAAGAGCCUUUUAGUAUAAUUGUGGAUACUCUUCUUUGAUAUUACACCAAAACUCAGCAGUAUUAGUUUCUUAAAGUAAAUCUUCAUGGAGGAACACGGAGUGACCCAAACUGAACACAUGGCUACCAUAGAAGCCCACGCAGUUGCCCAGCAAGUACAGCAGGUCCAUGUGGCCACCUACACUGAGCACAGUAUGCUGAGUGCUGAUGAGGACUCUCCGUCUUCUCCUGAGGACACCUCUUACGAUGAUUCGGACAUCCUCAACUCCACGGCGGCUGAUGAGGUCACAGCUCACCUGGCUGCUGCAGGUCCUGUGGGAAUGGCGGCGGCCGCUGCUGUGGCAACAGGAAAGAAGCGGAAACGGCCUCAUGUGUUUGAGUCUAAUCCUUCUAUCCGGAAGAGACAGCAAACACGUUUGCUCCGGAAACUUCGAGCCACGUUGGAUGAAUAUACUACUCGAGUGGGACAGCAAGCUAUUGUCCUCUGUAUCUCACCCUCCAAACCCAACCCCGUCUUCAAAGUGUUUGGUGCAGCCCCUUUGGAGAAUGUGGUGCGCAAAUACAAGAGCAUGAUCCUGGAAGACCUAGAGUCUGCCCUGGCAGAACACGCCCCUGCACCACAGGAGGUUAACUCAGAGCUGCCCCCUCUCACCAUCGACGGAAUUCCAGUCUCUGUGGACAAAAUGACCCAGGCCCAGCUUCGGGCAUUUAUUCCAGAGAUGCUCAAGUACUCCACAGGUCGGGGAAAACCAGGCUGGGGCAAAGAAAGCUGCAAGCCCAUCUGGUGGCCUGAAGAUAUCCCGUGGGCAAAUGUUCGGAGCGACGUCCGCACAGAAGAGCAAAAGCAGAGGGUUUCAUGGACCCAGGCCCUACGGACCAUAGUUAAAAACUGUUACAAACAGCAUGGGCGGGAGGACCUUUUAUACGCUUUUGAAGAUCAGCAAACACAAACACAGGCCACAACCACACACAGUAUAGCCCAUCUUGUACCGUCACAGACCGUAGUCCAGACCUUUAGUAACCCUGACGGCACUGUCUCCCUCAUCCAGGUUGGUACAGGGGCAACAGUAGCCACAUUGGCUGAUGCUUCAGAAUUGCCAACCACAGUCACUGUUGCCCAAGUGAAUUAUUCUGCUGUAGCUGAUGGAGAGGGCUUGGGGCCCUUUCUCUGGGACAUGGUGACAUCCGGCAUAGAUAACCACACAGUGGCUCCCAACAGAUGGAAAGGGAGAGCAACAAGAGCUCAAGCAAAUACAACUAAAGCACUGAGGCUGAAGAAUAGGAAAUUCCAAAGAAAUGUUAACACCCAAGUGGAACAAAAUUGGGCCACGUUACAAGGAGGUGAGAUGACCAUCCAGACGACACAAGCAUCAGAGGCCACCCAGGCCGUGGCGUCAUUGGCAGAGGCCGCGGUGGCAGCUUCUCAGGAGAUGCAACAGGGAGCCACAGUCACCAUGGCACUCAACAGCGAAGCCGCCGCCCAUGCUGUCGCCACACUGGCCGAGGCUACCUUGCAAGGAGGGGGACAGAUCGUCCUGUCUGGGGAAACCGCAGCAGCUGUUGGAGCACUUACUGGAGUCCAAGAUGCUAAUGGACUGGUCCAGAUCCCUGUGAGCAUGUACCAGACUGUGGUAACCAGCCUCGCCCAGGGCAAUGGCCCAGUGCAGGUGGCCAUGGCCCCUGUGACCACCAGGAUAUCGGACAGCACAGUUACCAUGGACGGCCAGGCUGUGGAGGUGGUGACGCUGGAACAGUGACCUGCGGCCGUGCCAUGGCAUCGUUUUCUAGUCUACUUCAAAAUUUUUUACACGUUUGCAGAGGUGCAAUCAAAUGGAAUUAAGUCUCUCGACUUUGGAAGAAAAGUUUUGUUAACCUUUUUUUUAAAAAGGAAGAAAGGCAGUGGGUUUUGGAAUUGCAUUUUUUAAAGCACCACUCUUGAUUUUCUGGGAUUGGUGGAAUAAGAUACUGUGUUGUCAAUUUCACCGUCCCGAAAAAGCCAAAUUGUGGCAGGACCUCUUUCUGCAGAAACAUGUGUGUAUACUUAUGUGUGUGUAUGUGUGAGUGUGAAUAUAUGUAUAUGUGUACAUAUGGAUAUACACAUUUACAUAUAUAUAAAGUAUAUAUAUAUGUAUGUAUGUAGAUAUAUAUAUAUAUAUAUAUAUAUAUGUAUGAAACCUGCAUGGAAUUAUCUGUAUGAAAUCAAGGUGAGCUGUGGAAAAAUAUAAUUCACCCAGUUUAGUGGGUGUAGGGUACGUGGCCAGACACAGUCACCCAGUUUUUGUUCAUACCAGGGUCAUGCGUUGAGCUACUGACAAACUCAGGCGGAGGUGACCAUGCCCUUCACCAAAGCUGCCUCCCAGUGGCCACCCAGAACUCUCCCUGCUGGACUCACCUGAGGAAGGAGGUUCCAGAUGGGGUGGGGUCCAGAAAGUGUGUUUGCAAGGUCCAAGGGCCUCGAGGUCUGGCAGCUGAGAUGCUCCUCGGGCUGGCCCAGGUGCUGACCUUGCCACGGGCAGGUGAAUGUCCUUAAAGCUCCAGGCAGGGACGAGAGGGCGUUCCUCAGCCUCCCAUCCCCUCCCCUCCCCAGGAAGUCGUCUUGAUCUCAUGACUAUUAAAAUGUUGCUCUGGUCUAAGGUCGGUCUCCUGAAUUGGUCAUGUAUAUGAACUGAAGGUAACAGAAGUAUUAAGGGUUUUUUGGAGCGUGUGUGCGUCAAGUGUGCCUGUGGGUGUGUGCUUGGAGGGGAGAGAGUGGGAGGGGGAGGGGAGGGGUUGGAAGGGGAAAGGAAGGAGGGAGAGAAAAAUCUUGAAAGACCAGGGCACACCAAUGGGAGCAAUUUUUUCCCUCCCAGUACCUUUCUGUAGCUUCGCAGCAGAGGACACUGGAACUGACAAGGCCACCUGGCUCCUCCUACUGCGGGGCCUUGGAAGAGAAAGGGACUUAGGGUGUUUCCUGCCCCCGACCCCCACUCCAGCUCUGGCCCUGAUUCAGAAGGGACCCUGCGGUUUUCCCAGGUUCCUCCUGGCGAGCCAAGCCCCACAGCUUCCUCCUCACAGGUGCCGACUGGUCUGGGUGUUCUCCGUAACUCUUAAAUUCUGUGAUUUCUCAGCUGCAAGCCAGAGUCUCCAGUGGCUAAAUUCACCUGACUUCUCGACAGGCCAAAUCUCUGCUCCUUGAGUACAGGGACAACUCUUCCUCCCUCCUCCCGGGCCCCCCAUGUGUGAUAGUGUAUUUAAAUGUGUUUUUUUUAAUGCAACAUUAAAAGAUUCUUCACGUCUUGCUCAGCCUUUGAGAAAAGUUUCAAAUUCUUGUAUUUGCUUGUUUUAUAUAAAACUAUCUAAUGUUCUUUGUAUGUUUUUUUUUCUGUACGUAAUAGGGGGCGGGAAGGGAAAUUUACAUAUAAACAAACAGUCCUAGUUCUACAACUUGUUAUUUUUUUAAUUAUUAUUUUUUAUCGUCAUUGUGAAGCUGUUCAGGGGCUUUAAAGCCCGUGUUCCAUUGUGGUGAAAUAACCUCCUAAUAGUUUGAGAAAUUGCCAAGAAGAAGAAAAGCAAAACCCAAGUAGCAGAGCAUGGAUUCUGUGUUGUUUCCCAUUCUGUCUAUUACUGCCUCAUUCAAUAAAUAGUUUAAAAUGUGGCAA